CUUAGCUGGCGCCAUCUCACUCCGUACAUCGGUCCUGGUCAAUGGGCCGCUCCUUGGAGUCGAGGCCACUCCACCUGAAAUUAGAUGGUGGAGCUCAAAUCCUUUGCUCCUCGAUCAUCUCUCACGUUCGCUGUCUGAGAGACCGAAAUAACUCGAUUGGCUUCUCCCCAACUCGGCCAGCCUCAUCCCUCUUCCCAUCCAUUGUCCCGACUCGGGUGAUUUGCUCGACCCGAGAGUAUCCCCUAACCCACAAUUUCAGACAACCUAUGCAUUUUGGCUUUCUGGACCUGGUCCAACUUGGAUCCUUGAACCAAAGGACAUGCCCGCUUACUAGUACCAGGCCCAUCUCAAUGGCUCGAGAUACUCAGAUCGCCUCCCUGGCAUGUGGGGACGACCGUGAACGACGGGUCGCCGGGUCUGCCUAUCACUUCUGUCCUGUGCUGGCUUGGAAUCCGGCAAUUCUCGGUUCUGCGACUCCCUUUGCCAUCGGUUGGAUAAUGUCGCCCACGGUGGACCUGCAUUUCAAGUCUGAUUGGAGGACUACACUUCCCGUUUGGCCGGAAUAUUGAAUCUGAAAUUGAACACACUGGAGAAAACCAUUAAAGUCUAAAUGACACACAGAAAUCAACCCCCCAGUCCAUGGUUAAUGGAGGGACCAUUUAUGUCGCAGCAUGUCUAGGCCAGAUGUGGGUACACGCCCGUCGUGGUAUAUCAUCUCCCCGGCUCCCCCUUGUCCCUGCUGCUGUCAACAUCCAGCCAGUGGCCCCGUGCACAGUCAG